AGACACAAAAUACCCUAUAUGUCACUAAGAGUCGAAAAGGAAAAGGCCCCCGUCUGGGGCCCCGUUCUCUAAGAUCUGUAACGUAGUCGCUUUUUGGCUCGUCUUCAAGUGAAAAUAAUUCAAAAUCGCCCCUUAGUUUCACUUUCCAAAAUUAACAACUGUGACGUUUGGUGAUAACGAUGACAGUUGGAUAAUCCAAGUUUAUAAUUUCUGGAAUUAUUUGCGGUGGAAAAUUAUUUCAUUUCCAACAAUUUUGCCUGGUUUUAGCUGGUACGAGAAAAUACAUGGAAAACAAAUUUAUGACGUAAAAAUGUUAGGUUAGGACUGCAACAUUCCUUGAAACAUUUUUUUAUUUCCAAUUUUAACCCUAGUCCGACGAUUUUAGUUGUAGACAACCACAAUGUCAACUUGUCAAUGGAGCGGAUCGUUGUGGAAAAACCUCCACAGAUGUAAACUAUGCCCCUAUUUCACAACAUCGCUUUUCUUUAUGGAAAAUCACGUCAAACGACACCCUGUGGAAAAAUUUACAUGCACAAACGUCAAAAUUGAACUCUACCACUGUAAAGAUUGCGAUUUCAAAACGGAGCUAACGAUUUUGUUCAAACAACACGUUGCUAAAUAUCACGGCGUUAAGAACGAAUCUAGUAACGACUUCCACAUACAAAAUUACGUUUGCGAAAAAUGCGACUUUGAAACAAAUCUCUCUUUGAAGUGGCUUCAGCAUGAUUCAGGAUGCACCGAAACGAAAGAAAAUCUUCACAGUAUAAAAACCGACGAAUCACUUUGGUAUUAUUGUACAGAAUGUACCUACAAAGCUAAACUCAAACGUAAUUUAACCCGUCAUACAGCAAGUCGCCACUUGAACCAUCGGUACGCAUGCGACAACUGUCCGUAUAAAACCAGACACAAGCGGGAUUUAAGAGUCCACAUAAACCGAAUCCACUCUGAUGAACACCACGGUGAAUGGUACAAUUGCGAAAAGUGCCCUUUCCGAACUAGAGCGAAAAGUAAUUUAAGUAGACACAUAAACUGCGUCCACUUGGACGAAGAAGACGUUAAAUGGUACGAAUGCACUGACUGUGCAUUCAAAACUAGGUACAAAAAAUAUUUAAAAACUCACAUAACUGUCAAACAUCUAGACGAAGGAAAAAUUAAGUGGUACAAAUGUGACAAUUGCCCGUACCAGACAAAACUCGCGUCGAAUUUAAGAAAUCACAGACUUUUCCGACAUUUGGACAGAAAAGAAGUGAAGUGGCACGAAUGUGCGACCUGUCCUUAUAAAAGUAUAACAAGAAAUAAAUUAAAACAGCAUAUAACUCUGCACCAUUUAGAUGUUAAAUCGUUUCAGUGCGAAUAUUGCCCAUACAACACCAAGUUGGAGAGUUACUUGAAAAGUCACAUGAAGAACCGACAUUGAAUUCACACUCUUUACAUUUAUACUG